CCUCUCUCUCCCUUUCGUUCUAAGUUUCAAGCCCCGUCGUAGCUUAAAUCCACUAGAACAGAGCUACGAGUCAGAAGAUAAUAUUUAUUAUAUUUUUUUAAAUUCAAAAAAAAAAAAAAUUGUGUGAAGAUAAGAAUGACAGGCGAGUUGGAGUUACCGCCGGGAUUCAGAUUUCAUCCGACGGAUGAGGAGCUCGUGAUGCACUAUCUUUGCCGGAAAUGUGCGUCGCAGCCGAUCUCUGUUCCGAUUAUUGCCGAGAUCGAUCUCUAUAAGUACGAUCCAUGGGAUCUCCCAGGUUUGGCUACUUACGGUGAGAAAGAGUGGUAUUUCUUUUCGCCGCGUGAUCGGAAAUACCCGAACGGUUCGAGACCGAAUCGGGCAGCUGGAACCGGGUACUGGAAGGCAACCGGAGCGGAUAAACCGAUCGGGAAUCCGAAACCGGUUGGGAUUAAGAAGGCUCUGGUUUUUUACGCCGGAAAAGCUCCGAAAGGAGAGAAAACAAAUUGGAUUAUGCAUGAGUACCGGCUUGCUGACGUGGACAGAUCAGCUCGUAAAAAGAACAGCUUAAGGCUGGACGAUUGGGUUCUGUGCCGAAUUUAUAACAAGAAGGGUUCAAUCGAGAAAAAACAUCAAUUUAAUUCGAAUCGGAAUUUGAGUUUCCCGGAGAUUGAAGAGAAGAAGCCGGAAAUUCUAAACACCUUACCUCCGCCUCCUCAGCCGGCGGCGACCACCACAACCGGCGGGAACGAUUUCGUCUACUUCGACACGUCAGAAUCCGUACCGAGGCUCCACACGGACUCGAGCUGUUCGGAGCACGUGGUUUCGCCCGAAUUCACGUGCGAGGUUCAAAGCGAGCCUAAGUGGAAAGAUGAUUGGGAUAAAGCCCUUGAUUUUCCUUAUAAUUAUAUGGAUGCCACCGUGGACAACUCGUUCGGUCCAGCUGGCAAUCAAAUGUCGCCGUUACAGGACAUAUUCAUGUAUCUCCAGAAACCGUUUUAAUGGGCUUUUUCUAUUGAUCUCAAUUUGGGCCCGAGAUGGGCUUGUCCCGAUAUUGGGCCUUGAUGGGCUUAAAGACCGAAGACAACACGACACAAAUCCAUGGGUGUUGUUGUGGACUCGAGCUCAUCGGAUAAUGAAGGAAAAUGUAAAAUUUUGUAAUUUGUGGGAAUUUUACUUGUGGGGUCCAUCAUUUUUGGGUCACGGGAGUGGAAUUGGGUACGGAAAGGUGCACAUUAGCAGUAGAGCCAUGUGUACAGAAAAUGUUCUUUUUUUUAGAUGUAGAUAUACAUAUAAUUUAUAUAUAUUUAUUAUAUAAUAUGAUAUUAAUAUAUAUAAGUGUUUAGUCAAGGGAACAUUUGAUUGAUUGGCUAUGUGAUCCCAUCUAAAUUGAAAUAUUUUUGGUGGUAGUAGUUGAUUUGUUUUGUUAUGGUAUGGGCUAAUUAGUUUGUAUGGUUUUUAGUUUUUGUGUGGUUUUUGAUAAGUAGGGUUUUGUUCAUAUAAUAUUUCAUUAUAUGAUCUCUUUGAAAAGUAAAAUCUUUUAUUUAAUGUU